CCGUUACAUACCCCGGUUCCCACUUGAGGAAUCCUUAAACGUUCCGUUACGUUUGGCAGCUUUAAGAUGGCAGCAGGCGUAUUUAAAAGUUUCAUCCGCGAUUUCUUUGCGGUUAAAUACAAUGCGGAAACUCACGAUCCUGAGUCGAAACGUUUGGAUGGCAAUGGCCGAUACUAUCCUAACUGUGCCUCUGACGUUUGGCUGCGUUCCUGCGAGCGAGAGAUUGUCGACCCCCUCGAGGGUCAUGUCAGUGGUCAUAUACCCAAGUGGUUAAAUGGAAGUCUGUUGCGCAAUGGUCCGGGUAGCUGGAAGGUGGGCGACAUGACUUUCGGACAUCUAUUUGAUUGCUCCGCACUGCUGCAUCGUUUCGCCAUCAAAGAUGGACGGGUGACCUAUCAAAAUCGAUUUGUGGACACGAAGACGUUGCAGAGGAAUCGUGCGGCACAGCGUAUUGUGGUCACAGAGUUCGGUACGGCUGCAGUGCCGGAUCCUUGUCAUUCGAUAUUUGAUAGAUUUGCGGCCAUUUUUAAGCCUGAUAGCGGCACAGAUAACUCGAUGAUAUCCAUUUAUCCGUUCGGUGAUGAGUACUAUAGCUUUACAGAGACUCCGUUCGUGCAUCGCAUCAACCCGCGUACACUGGCGACAGAGGCACGUCUCUGCAUAACCGACUAUGUCGGCGUGGUAAAUCAUACGUCGCACCCUCAUGUGCUCCCUAGUGGUACUGUCUACAAUAUCGGCACCACUAUGACCAGAACGGGUCCAGCCUACACAGUGAUUUGUUUUCCCUAUGGCGAGCAUAUGUUCGAGGACGCACAUGUGGUGGCCACAUUGCCCUGCCGCUGGAAGCUGCAUCCCGGCUACAUGCACACCUUUGGACUGACGGAGCACUACUUUGUGAUUGUGGAGCAGCCGCUCUCAAUCUCUCUGACGGAGUACAUUAAGGCGCAGUUGUAUGGCCAAAAUUUGUGUGCCUGCCUCAAGUGGUACGAGGACAAGCCCACGUUAUUUCACCUAAUUGAUCGUGCCACCGGAAAGCUAUGCCAGACUUUUGAGUCCGAGGCUUUCUUCUAUCUGCAUAUCAUUAAUGCCUAUGAAGAGGACAGACAUGUGGUCGUCGAUAUUUGCUGCUAUAAGGAUCCAGAGAUGAUCAACUGCAUGUAUUUGGAGGCUAUAGCUAAUAUGCAAACAAAUCCCAACUAUGCUACACUAUUUCGAGGGCGUCCGCUACGCUUCGUUUUGCCCUUGGGCAGCAACUUGGAUGCCAAAAAUUCGUCGCCACCUACGUGUCGCAGUACCAGAAGCCGUCUAGUUAAGUCGUUCUCACUAGCAGGUCUGAGUGCGGCGCGUUCAUCUCAGCCAUCUCGCCUGAAGCACUCUGAAUCGCAAUACGAGGACAUCACCUAUAUGCCGACUAAUGGUAAGGAGGCGUCGCCGGCGGCAGAAGUCAAGCGAGCGCGCUACGAUGAGUGCGUUAAUUUGGUGACCCUUGAGAACACCGAGGCGCAGGCUUUCAAGAGCACGACUGGAGAUAUUCUGCUGCGACCCGAGAUGCUGUGCGACUGGGGCUGUGAGACGCCGCGCAUUUAUUACGAGCGCUACAUGGGAAAGAAGUAUCGCUACUUCUACGCAAUCAGCUCGGAUGUGGCUGCUGAUAAUCCUGGCACACUCAUCAAAGUCGAUGUGCUAACGAAAACCAGCAAGACUUGGUGCGAGCCGAACGUUUAUCCAAGUGAACCCAUUUUCGUGCCUUCGCCGAAUGCCAAAAGCGAGGAUGAUGGCGUUCUGCUGGCCGCCAUGGUGGUUGGAGGACUGAACGACCGCUAUGUGGGCCUCAUUGUAAUCUGUGCAAGGACAAUGAUGGAGCUAGGACGCUGUGAUUUUCAUACAAACGGACCGGUGCCCAAGUGCCUGCAUGGCUGGUUUGCCCCUCAAACGGCUUAA